AAGAUGAUGGUACGGAAGAGAUGGAACUAACCAGUGGGAAAAUACGGAGGAGGAGAAGGAGGAGGAGGAGGAGGAGGAGAAGGAGGAGGAGGGUUCCGCUUGAAGAUGUCUUGGGUCCUCAGCGGUUCCUCACAUCCACAACUGACGGCGGGGUGAAGAGACGCCAACUCCUACUACAGCUACAACCAGUGCUACUGCUACUGCUGCUGCUUCAAAGAUAAACAGACCAGCACUUCAACAGGAGAAGGAAGUUCGUCCUAGCUCCUCUUUGCGGCAGGAUCUUGAAGGAACUGAAGGAUUUUGAAGGGCGCUGAAGAUUCCAAGAUGGGUGUUUGUGUUGGAAGGGGAGUGGUUGUUGUGUUGCUAAUGGUUCUACUGAAGGAGGGAGGUACCACGCCCUCAGAGCACGCCCACGCCAGCCCAAAUACCGCCCAUUCACGCCACUCUCGCCAGCUUCACCGCAUCCUUGAUCCUUUUGGUUUACUGGGGAAGGCCGGGGAGGCAGUGAGCGGAGCCGUUGAGGACCUGGGGCAGCGCAUAGACCAAGGGGCGCAGCAUGUGGGGAACCUGAUGCAAAGGGGCGCCUCCUCCAUCAACUCUGCUUUCAAGACCCAUGUGAACCAGAUGCAGGAGGGGCUGGAGGAGGCGGGGAAGGUGGCGGGGAUGAUAGGAGAGGACCUGGUUGACUCUGUGUCGUCCCUGGUAUCGAAUCGCCUGCAGGAGGAGAGAGGCGAGGAGGCGGUGAGGAAGAGGGAAGGUAUGGUUGACGGUUUCCUCAGACUGGUUGGAAUUGAUUCAUCACAAGUUGGUCUGAUGGCCCUCAACGUGCUGAUCUUCUUGGCUGAGUUGAUUACUUCGUCGCUCAUUGGAGAGAAAGUGAACGAAAUUCCUGAGUCCAGAGAUUCGAAAACUUCUGUUCUUUCUUGGUUCAUGCGAGGCGACCCGGCGAAGAUGGACGCAAUGCUGAGAGAGGCACAGGAUCCGGGACUUCCUAGGGCAAUCAUACAGAAGCUUCAGAGAGCCACGGGGGACGAUACUGCGUGUGUGCAGCUGUUAGUGUGCAAGCUAUCUCCGGUUGUGUGGGGCCUCCAGCGUUCCGUGGCCGUGUCUCAAGCAAGGAGCAGAGACCCGGACACGCCUCCUAUGGGCCUAAUGCAGACCCUGUACGAAGCCCUGCCGCCUCUCAACACCUUCGUCAACUUCUCUGAGUCCUGUGAGCAUCAGUUCCCGAAGUGCCCUCUUAUUGAUCUCUCCCAUCUUGGCCUUGGUCUCUAAAACUAUGGACAGUAUUCUGAAAAACUUCCGCGCCACAAUUCCACUAUUUUUAAAGGCUCUACUAGAAGUGACACUGGUUUUUAAGGAUAUUUUUAUGGUUCUAGUGAGAGAUUAACGAGUUUUCUGCAUUAUUAACGGGAGAAAUACCCUUGAGAACCCCGCUAAUCAACUCUGUGGCCUUGGAAAUUAGUUUUGAUGAGAGAAUUAAGCAUUUCAGAAUACGAGAGAGUCAGCAUCACAAAGCCUCCCGCACCUUCAGGAGACUCUGCUUCCUGUGUGAGUCCAGGGCAUUAUAUGGACUUUUUUGUGGGAAUUCUACGGGAUAAAGGAGCCUUGACUAGUGUUGGGUUGGUUUAGGUCAUAUUAGGUAUUUUUAAGUGUUUUCGUAUUGAUGUUUUUUUUUUGUUUAUAUAUCGGUGCUUCUAAUUUCAGUUGGUCACGGUUUCAUUAAUUAAGAUUUUGAUGAAGAUUGGGUUUUCUGAUUAGAUGUUUUGCCGAUACAAGUUCCUUCCUAAUGUUUUUUUUUUUUUUUUUUUUAUUUUAUAGUUUUCUUUAAGUAAUGUUUAAAUUUUAGCUUAUCACGGCUUCAGAAUGUAAGAGAAGAGAAGAUGCAAGAAGCCAUCAGGCCUACACGUGGCAGUCCCUUUGUAGGAAACGACACUACCUCUCUCUCUCUCUCUCUCUCUCUCUCUCUCUCUCUCUCUCUCUCUGUUGUCACAAUUCUACGCUGCACAAUCUUUAAACAUCCCUGAUUAUGUCACUUGUGGGCUUAAGGGAACUACACUACCUUCCUCUCUCUCUCUCUCUCUCUCUCUCUCUCUCUGUUUGUGUCUCCUCCUCCCCUCUCUUCCUAACUCUCUCUCCCUUAUGCCGUGACUUUGAGGAGCGAACCAAUGGCACCUUCACACACACACCUGCGGCUUUCCCCUCCACGUCCUCUUCGCCCUGCGCUACGCCGUGGCCUCAGUCACAGCAGGGUCACCUCGCCACCACCACCACCACCACUGUCAGCUUUCUCCGUAGCUCACUCUGACUUUCAAACGACUUCUGUUGGUUUCCCAUCCACAUCCUGUGCCCGCAGUGACUCUGAGACGACUCCAGGUACUUUUCCUUCACCUUUGCGUUGUUUGACUAUUACGCUGUUAUGAAAUGACUUAGAUGGUUGUAGAAAGACCUGUAAUACUGUAGUAGGAUGCUGUACGACUAAAAUGCUGUUAUGAAAAGGCUUAGUGCUAGAAAGAACAUAUGUAAUGCUGUAAUAAGGUGCUGUAAGACAGUCACGCUGUAAUGAAAGGCUUGCAGUGUCUGUUAAAACACCUUUGAUGCUGUAAUGAAAGCUGUUAGUCUGCCACGAUGGAAGAUAAAGGAUAAAAUGCUAAUGGGAGUGCUGUAAAUAAAAUAUACUGAAGGUUUGCGAUGCUGUGAAAGGUUAAGAUGCUGAAAGGAGAUGUAAAAUAUAAGGUAAAGAACUGUACGUAUUUUCUAGUGGUGUAUCCGGUCUGUAUUGACACCGAAGGGCAUUAUGGGUGCGUGUGGAGCUUCGUGGAAUCUAAUCCUUUAUACAUGUACUGGAAGAGUAUUUGAUUCCUUUUAUUGGGAUUUCACUAAUACGAAACAAUAAAAAAUACUAGAAAAAACA